CCGUGCCGAGCAGCCCCGCAGGUGCGAGGGUCAGGAUGGGGCCGCAGUGAGGGACCCCGGCUCUCAGGGCCGGGGCCGCGUGAACAUGGACGUGGCGGCCGAGCUGCUGGGCCUGGGAGCGGCGUUGCUGGUGCUGGGGGCCACGGCUGGCCUGUGCGUGCAGUGCUCCCGCCGGGGGGGGAAGAGGCCGGGGAAAACCCUGGAGCAGAAUAGCCUCCCCGAGGACCAGCAGAGCUUUAUGGUGUCUCGCACCUACUCCGUGAUCACGCAGGCCUGCCCAGGGCCCUUGAUGGACUCGAACCCUGAGGCGAAGUCAGCCAGGAAGGACAAGCUGCUGCUCUUCUCCCCAGCCGCGGAGGAGCCCGCGUGCGCCCGGUACCAGAACUUCAGCAAAGGAAGCCGCCUGGGUUCAGACACCACCUACAUAGACCCCAUCCCCGCGCACUGCUACAGCUGGGGACGCUUCCCGGAGUCCCCCAGAGGGGAUGACGAUGCCGCCUCCUACGAGAACGUGCUCAUCUGCAGGCAGGACCCCGACUCCGGUGAGGCCGCUGCAGGCCCACCUACUGCGCCUUGUCCGGGGGGGCCCUCCUCCCCCCCCUCCCCGUGGGGGCUGCCGGCCCCUCCCAGCGCGGCCGUGUGUGCGGGUGACGAGGGCUCCGAGGAUUACCAGAACUCAGAGUCCAUCCAGCGCUGGCGCCGGUCCAGGGGGCGCGUGGAGCCGGCCCCGAGGGAGGACGAGGACGAGGACGAGGAGCCCGAUUACGUGAACAGGGACGCGGUGUCCACAGAGGAGGCCUGAGGGGGCCGUGAGCAGGGACAUGUGACGACCACGCCCUCCGACCAGGGACAUGUGACAACCACGCCCUCCGACCAGGCUCCUGUGACGGCCCCCAGCCCCCGCGGGAACAUCGUGGGCGUCGGGCUCUCUGGCUUUGGACCUGGCUCCGGUCACGCGUGCUGGUCACGUGGCUCACAGGGAGUGCAUCCUUCUCGCGGGCCACACAGGGCUGCUUUCCCGCCAGCACUCCAUCCCCGGUCGGCCCUCCCCCGAGGGUGCCGGGGCCACACGGGGGCCCGCCCGCCCUGAGCAGGGCCAGGGGGAGUGCGAAGGGGCCUCCUGAGUCGGUCACAGCCAGGGACGGCAGUGCGGCCUCCAGGGGCCCGAGACGCAGCCCGGCAGGCAGCGGCCGUGCAGUGGUGCCCGCGACCCUGGCUGGCCCCUCGCAGGGCGCCCCGCGCAGGGCCAGGACCAGGCACGGCGUCCAGCCCGCCCCUCCCCACCAAGGAAAGCCUUUUAGCUGAACUUGUCAAUA